AACACUGGCGUCGUCUUAUUAUCACAACUAUUAAUUUAAUACGUUGGUGUAUUGUUUUCAGCGUUGGGUUUGUCGUCGUUAUGUUAAUGAGGAGGAGGAGGCGUGGCCACCGCCGCCGCUGCACCAAUCAGAGAGCGGCGCGCGGGAAAUUUGGCGCGCGAACGCCGCCGCGCAGUAAUCUCACCCCGGCGUCGCUGCUCAAGAGUCACACACACGGAUACAGAGAACGACGACGGAUCGCAACUAAUAUUCCCGUAUAAACAUAACAACAAUCACCCUCACAGGCUCCGCGCCCGAAACGUCGUCCUCGUCGGAGCCUGUGAGAUUAAUUAUUUUUUUAAUCGGCGUUUGUAAUCAAGGGCACGAGUCAAUAGCGCGCCGAUCUCCGCUCGCGAACUACUUUUGGGAACCUCCCCGUCAGCUCCGAGGCCCAUUCAUCAACCUCUCGUUGUUUUUCAUCAACUUUCAUCGCCACCGUUCAACCUCUCUGCUCGCCCCCCAAUUUGUCUCCCCGUCCCCUCAUCGCCGUCCCCCAUGGGGAUCUCGGGGCUUCUGCAGUUCCUGAAGGAGGCGUCGGAGCCCAUGAACGUGAGCCGCUACCGCGGACAGACCGUGGCCGUGGACACCUACUGCUGGCUACACAAGGGGGCCUUCGCGUGUGCGGACCGCCUGGCCAAGGGCGAGAACACUAACCAGUAUGUGUUCUACUGCGUCAAGUUCAUUGAGAUGCUGCUGGGCUGUGAUGUGAAACCAAUCCUGGUGUUUGACGGUUGCAUGCUGCCCUCCAAGAAAGAAGUGGAGAAAUCGAGGAGAGAGAGGCGACAGCUGAAUCUACAGAAAGGCAAGCAGCUGCUGCGGGAAGGAAAAGUGUCGGAGGCGCGUGCCUGCUUCACACGCUGCAUCAAUGUCACCCCACAGAUGGCUCUAGAGGUCAUCAAGGCAGCACGUGCCCGGGGUGUGGACUGCAUCGUCGCUCCGUACGAGGCCGAUGCACAGCUUGCCUACUUGAACCGGUCUGGGAUCGUUCAAGCAGUCAUCACAGAAGACUCAGAUUUGCUUGCAUUUGGAUGUGACAAGGUAAUUCUCAAGAUGGAUCAGUCAGGAAAUGGAGUUGAAAUUUCUCGGUCUCGACUUGGCCGUGUUACACACCUGGGCAACUACUUCACAGAAGAGAAGUUCCGCCACAUGUGCAUCCUCUCUGGAUGUGACUACCUGCCCUCCAUUCCAGGCAUUGGCUUGGUGAAAGCCAGCAAGGUCCUCAAGUUGUCCAAUAACCCCAAUAUAGUGAAGGUAAUCCGAAAAAUGGGCCAUUACCUUAAGAUGAAUGUGACUGUGCCGGAGGAGUACAUCGAGGGGUUUGUACGUGCUGACAACACCUUCCGCUACCAGCUCGUUUUUGACCCGAUAUCCCGGCAGCUGUGUCCCCUCAACCCAUAUCCCGAGGAUCUUGACUCCAGCCAGCUGUCCUAUGCAGGGGCAUGGAUCGACAAUUCUCAGGCCCUACAGAUUGCGCUGGGUAACAUCGAUAUCAACAACAUGAUGAAAAUAGAUAACUUCAAUCCAGACACAAGCAAGCCUGUUGCUGUGAAGAGUCACAGCUGGUAUCGUAAUUCACAGCGUGUGGACGCUAAUGCACACAUGCUGAGCAUUUGGGACAAAAGAUACCGCCCUGCUGGCAAGGAUGGUGUUUCUGCAGGCAAUGGUCCUUCCCCAGUCAAAGCAAAGAACCAGAUACUUCCAGAAAGGAGUGGCUGCAUGAAAGGGAAGGAGAGAGUCAUUGUUGCGUCUUUCAUGAAGUCACGCAAGACAGAUGCGGCUUCCAAGAGGCAGAGGCAAGACGAGUCACAGGUGUUGGAAAUGGACCUACUUGAACAGUAUUCCUUUUCCGGAAACAAAAAAACGUGCAAAAGCUCAGAUGUAACAGACAGCCUUCCCUUGAGUGAGGGUGGAGUUGGGGGUGAACAAUCAUGUUCUCAGCAGCAACAAGUGAAGCACAGCUCCAACGUUUCCAAUCACAAGAGCAGGUUCACCCGCCUGUUGAACAAGAAGGAUCAACAGCAAGAAAUUGUUUUCACACCUGGCACAAGAAGCAGGUUUUUCUACCCAUCAAAAGAAGAAGCACAAUCACCAAACUUGGUAAAAUCAUUAUCGCCAAGUCAAACCGAGGUCAAGUCUGGUAAAGAUCAAGGACAAUCGGAGGCAACAGUUGAUCAAGAACUAACUGGCAGUUCAAACCAAUCAGGAGAAGUGUCAUCACCCUUAAAGGAGACACAAUGUUUGACAUCCUCAGCACAAGAUGAAGGGUCACCACUUUCAAAUUUUCCAGAGAAUGUCACGAUGACAGAAAGUAAAAUAUCCAGUGCACAGCCACGGCAGGUGACUGCAACUGCCUUCAGUUGGUCCGGGAGCACGACAAGACCAAGACAUGCACAAGAGAGCAACUCUGCCAUCGACAAACUUAGCCGUUUUAGAAGGCAACCACAGGAAGCAGUUUCAACAACGAACCUACCAAGCACAAAUACGUUAAAUCCAUUUGCUCAAAUGGGUCAAAGAUGUUUACAGACUCGGGCAGCAGGAGAUGGUGGUGGCAACCUGAGUGAGACUGAGGAUGGCCAUGAGGCCUCCCUCUCAUCCUCCCCACCAUCAUUACCACAUGCCAGCCUCCAUUCUCCUGCCAGAGGAAUUAUGGUUACCUCUCCAGCACAGGAUUUUACAAGCUGUCCACCCAAUCAGCAUUUUAAGGGUGUGGGGCUGUCGAAGGCAGGCAAGGUCCUCUCUGGAGGCAGCCACAGCCCCCACAUGUUCGGCCAGGCCAAGGCCAGUGGCCUUAGCCGCAAAAGACCUGUAAAGCACAACAUCAACUCUGAGAACCUGAGCCAAGGCUCUCAACCAACGCUCAGCAACCUCUGGAGCAAUUUCCAAUAUAAAAGGGAAACCGAGAACCUGAUGUCUACAAGAAGUACGCUUCCCCUGUCGCCCGUGAAGAGCAACAUCUCUGUUUGAGUUUGCAAGCCAGAGAAUGUUGGUGCCUUUCCCUGGCUCGUCAUCAUAUAUGCUGUAUAUGCUGCUGAACCACGAUAGUGUGGGUUUAUUUGAGGAGAUAAAUUGCUUGUCACAUUUUCUAUUUUCAUUACGUUAUAAAGAUCCCACUUUAUUAUUACACUUCCAGUGACAACUAAUAAUUGUACAUAAAGGCAUUGCAAAACUGUACAGUAUGCCAUUUCUAUUAGACAUUACACUGCCUAUUGGUUUACAUGGUAAAUCAAGCUUUUAAUGGUUAAGUGAAUAAUUGACCGUGCAUAAAACAUGACAUGCUCGACUGCUCGUAAAACUUAAUAAAGUCGUUUUACUAGAGGGUU